AUGGCUCCCGCACCAUCUGCUGCUGGCGUUCCCGCCACCGUCCCUGCCAAGACCGUCAAGGGCGCCGCUGGCGCUGCUGCCAAGAGCGGUGCCGCUGCUGAGAAGAAGGAGGCCAGCGCCGAGACCGACGCCCUCCUCUCUGGCGACAAGGAAGCCGCUCAGGAGCUCACCAACCUCGUCAAGAUCGAGGGCCCCGCCGCCCUCGCCAACCUCGGCAUCGAGGCUGUCAUCCUCAAGGGCCUCGGCGACAAGAAGAACGCUGUCGCCCGUGAAGGCGCCUGCGCUCUCGUUCGCAACCUCUGCGAGCAGGGUGUUGGCCACGAGGUCGAGCCCUUCAUCUACGAGAAGGUCCUCAACUCGCUCGUCGAGGCCAUGGGUGACAAGGAGAAGUCCGUUCAGACGGCUUCCCUCGAGGCGCUCAAGGCUUUCGUCAAGGCCAUGUCCCCCUGGGCCGCCUCCCAGGUGCUCAAGGUCGUCCUCGAGCAGGCUCGCUCCGCUGGUAAGUGGCAGGUCAAGACCGGCUGCAUUGCCCUCCUCGAGGAGAUGGUCACCGCCUGCCCUGAGCGCAUGGCUGCCCUCAUGCCCGAGAUCAUCCCCGUCAUGACCGAGGUCAUCUGGGACACCAAGACCGACGUGCAGAAGGCCUCGCGCGCCGCCCUCACCAAGCUCUGUGUCCUCAUCUCCAACAAGGAUAUUGAGCGCUUCAUCCCUGCCCUCAUCAACUCGCUCAUCCACCCGGUCGAGGAGGUUCCCAAGACCAUCCAGCUCCUGUCCGCUACCACCUUCGUCCAGGAGGUCGACAGCGCCACCCUCGCCCUCAUGGUGCCGCUCCUCUCGCGCGGUCUCAACGAGCGCCCCACUGCCACCAAGCGCAAGGUCGCCGUCAUCAUCGACAACAUGACCAAGCUCGUCGACAACGAGCGCACUGUUCGUCCUUUCCUCGGCAAGCUCCUUCCCGGUUUGAUCAAAAUCGAGUCCACCCUCGCCGACCCUGAGGCCCGUGGUGUCGUCCAGCGCGCCAUCAAGACGCUCCGUGAGGUCGGCAACGUUACCGGUGACGGUUCGGACGUCAAGCCCCUCGAGGACGUCGACGUCAAGGCCACCCAGGAGCAGGUCAACAAGGCUCUCGGAGAGCAGAGCCUCCAGGCUCAGGCCGACCUCUCGGCUUACCUUGCCACCCUCGUUGCCAACCUUGCCAACGCCCGCAACUUUGAGCUUACCGAGUGGGAGUCGACGCUUGUCCCUUACCUCACCCUCAUCAAGGGCUCCAAGCCCGAGCAGGCCAGGGCCGUUGCCAAGACCCUACUCACCGCUCUUGCCAAGACCACCGGUGACUCGGUCGAGAUCUUCGAGGACGAGGAGGAGGGUGAGGACCUCUGCAACUGCCAAUUCUCGCUCGCCUACGGUGCCAAGAUUCUGCUCAACACCGCCACCCUGCGUCUCAAGCGUGGCCACAAGUACGGUCUCUGCGGUCGUAACGGUUCCGGAAAGUCGACCCUCAUGCGCGCCAUCACCAACGGCCAGGUCGAGGGUUUCCCUUCGCCCGACGAGGUGCGAACCUGGUACGUCGAGCACGAUUUGGACGGCUCGGAGGGUCUGAUCACCGUCCUCGACUUUAUCCUUGCCGACCCGAACCUGCCCAAGAUGACUCGCGACGAAGCCAUCGCCACUCUCCACGAGGUCGGCUUCGACGAUGAGCGUCAGAACUCGCCCAUCGCGGGUCUCUCCGGUGGUUGGAAGAUGAAGGUCGCCCUGGCCCGUGCUAUCCUGUUCAAGGCCGACAUUCUCCUCCUUGAUGAGCCCACCAACCACUUGGACGUCGUCAACGUCAAGUGGAUCACCGACUACCUCAUCAACACCGGCGCCACCGCCAUCAUCGUGUCGCACGACUCCAAGUUCUUGAACGAUGUCUGCACGGACAUUCUCCACCUCAACCGCUUCAAGAUCAAGCGAUACCCGGGUAACCUUGACGCUUUCGUCAAGCGCGUUCCCGAGGCUCGCGCCUACGCCGAGCUCAACACCGGCGAGGACUACUCGUUCAAGCUGCCCGACCCUCCCCUGCUCGACGGUGUCAAGACCAAGGAGAAGUCGCUCAUCAAGAUGAAGGAUGUCGUCUUCCAGUACCCCGGCACCCCUGCUCCCCAGCUCAAGGGUGUUAGCAUCCAGCUCUCGCUUGCCUCGCGUGUCGCCAUUCUCGGACCCAACGGUUCAGGCAAGUCGACGCUCGUCAAGCUCGUCGUCGGUGACACUGAGCCCGGCUCUGGUGACAUGUGGAAGCACCCCAACUUGGUCAUCGGCUACGUCGCCCAGCACGCUUUCCACCACAUUGACCAGCACCUCGACAAGACCCCCCUCGACUACAUGCUCUGGCGUUACCAGACCGGCGAGGAUCUCGAGGAGCACAUGAAGGCCAACAAGACCCUCACCCCCGAGGAGGAGGCCGCCAUGAAGCAGGGCGAGGUCUACGUCGUCGAGGGCGUCAAGCGCAUCAUCGACGAGAUCGUCGCGCGCAAGAAGCUCAAGAACUCGUUCCAGUACGAGGUCUCGUUCAAGAACAUGUCCUCAGCCGACAACGUCUGGAUCCCCCGUGACGAGCUCAUCAAGCGCAUGGAGAAGAAGGUCCUCGCCUUCGACUCCAAGGAGGCCCAGCGUCUCGGUAUGAACCGCCCCCUCGUCCGCAAGGAGAUCGAACAGCACUUCGAGGACUUCGGCCUCGAGCGCGAGUUCACUUCGCACAACACCAUGCGUGGCCUCUCCGGUGGCCAGAAGGUCAAGGUUGUCCUCGCCGCCGCCACCUGGCGCCGACCCCACAUCAUCAUCCUCGACGAGCCCACCAACUUCUUGGACCGCGAAUCGCUCGCCGCCUUGAUUAAGGCCAUCGAGUCUUUCCAGGGAGGUGUCGGCAUCAUCACGCACUCGCGUGAAUUCUCCGAGGGCACCUGUAAGGAGAUUUGGGCCAUGAGCGAUGGUGUUUUGCACGCCAGUGGCCAUGACUGGACCGAGUCGAAUAGCAAGGGAACCAAGAUUGAGACCAAGGAAGACGACGAGGACACCUUCGACGCUCUUGGCAACAAGGUGGCCAAGCAGAAGAAAGUCGCGAAGGCUUCUGCAGCUGAGCUCCGUAAGAAGAAGAAGGAACGUAUGAAGGCCAAGAAGGCGGGCACGUAUGACUCCGCCGACGAACUUGAAGAUCUGUGA